CUCUCUGUCGAGUCAAAACCGACGGGCUGUCCUUGCCUCUCUGAGACAAUUGUGUGUUUAUGAUUUUGUAGUAUGUGAUGUCAUGAGGGUGUUGGCUUUUAGGAAUUUCACUACUGAGGAAGCAGUUUGAAACGCAGGCAGAAUCCUCGAGACCUUCGAAUGUGCACUUGGUUUCUUUUUAGUUAGCUCUGAGCAAAGGUACAGAUGGAUACGUACGUACAUAUUUUUUUAGUCAGGAAUUAACAUAUGGAAUAUAGAAGAGAUUUAAGUGGAUACAACACCUGAAGGCAAUGUCGAGCCAGUCUGGAUUUUCAAACUCUCUUCCUCUACCAGGAUAUCCAUUCUACCAGGUGUCAUGCAGCCAUAAUCAGCAGACCACGUCAUUUAGACAUCCUGUGACAGGACAGGUUUCUCCAGAAAAUAUUGAAUUUAUUUUGCGAGAAGAACAGAAUUCAUCUAUGUCCAAGCAACAAAUAAAUCAAAGGCCUUCAAGCAUGGUCAGUGAAACGUCCACUGCAGUAACUACAUCUGCUGUCGAUACAAAACCUGGCUCUAAGGCUGUGAAGACUGGAAACAAAGUUCAUAGCUUUGGAAAGAGGGAACAAGCCAUCAGGAGGAAUCCCAAUGUUCCUGUGAUCGUAAGAGGCUGGCUGCACAAACAGGAUAGCUCUGGAAUGCGAUUAUGGAAGAGACGAUGGUUUGUGCUUGCUGAUUAUUGCUUGUUUUACUACAAAGACAGCAGAGAAGAGUCUGUUCUGGGGAGCAUACCAUUGCCUAGUUACGUAAUAUCUCCAGUUGGACCUGAAGAUCGGAUAAAUCGCAAAUUUUCUUUUAAGGCUGUUCACACAGGUAUGCGGGCAUAUAUUUAUAACAAGAAUUCUGUCAUUGGCUCUCAGGCAGAGCACACAGGGAUGCGGACGUACUACUUCAGUGCUGACACCCAGGAGGACAUGAACGCCUGGAUCCGGGCUAUGAAUCAGGCUGCUCUCAUGCAGACACGUUCCUCACUGAAGAGAGAAACUGAAAAAGUGGAUCAGCAAGCUGUUCCCCAAGUCAAUCAUGUGGAUGCCUGCAAAGAGUGUGUGAAGGCAGAGAUUACAGACACAAAAGAAGGUUAUCAGAAAUCAGCUGAAAUGCUUGGAUAUGAUAAGCGUGAAGCGAUAAGAAGAGAAAAGGAGGAGGAGGAGCGUUACAUCCACAGAAAAGAAACUCUGGAAACCAAAAAGGGCAAGGCUAAGCAUGCGUUAACAGAAGCUGAUUCAUUAUUUCCAGACUUAACGAAUGCAUCGUGGUCCCAAGUAGCUCAGCCUCAGCCAGCUGAGAAGAAUGGAACGCUUCCUAGUUCAUUGAGUGCUGGCCUAGUGGAGCAGAAUGGUACUGGCUCCUAUAAAAGAGGGUUUGUUCCCAGAACAAAUCCAGAUAAGCAGUUUCAAAGAAAAAGUAACAUGGCUCAAGUGGAGCACUGGGUAAAAGUCCAGAAAGGAGAUACAAAAAGCCUCACUUCUGAUCAGACUCUUGCACGUCAGGGUCCCAAUCCUCCUUUUCCUGAAAACUAUCACACUUUGCCAAAGAAUACCAGGCAGCCUUCAGGGAGCUCACCACCACCAAACCGCAAUUUGCCGAGUGACUACAAAUAUGCACAAGAUCGUGUAAGCCACUUGAAGAUGUCCCAGGAGGAAAGGAAAGCAAAUAAGGAUGGAACUGUUUGGCAGCUCUAUGAGUGGCAGCAGAGACAGCAGUUCAAACAUGGCAGCCCCACAGCCCCACUUUAUGUAGGUUCUUCAGACUUCAUUGAUCGUGCUAAGUCAAAAAGUUCAUUAGAUGUUCCACGAUCAAUAUCUGUUCCGCCCUCUCCAUCUGAUAUUCCUCCACCUGGACCUCCAAAAAGCUUUCUCCCACGGAGACCACAUACUCCUGCAGAAAGGCUCACAGUUAAACCAUCUGAUGAGAGACAGACUGUGGAUGUUCCUUUUGCUGGAUCCCCCAGGAAGAUACGGAAUCGGGCUGUAAAGAGCUCUGCUCACCUGGAUCGCCGCUCCAUGCCUGCCAUGGGCUACAUGACACACACUGUGAGCGCGCCCAGCUUGCACGGCAAGUCGCCUGAAGAGCUAACAUUGCUUCUCAUUCGAUUAAGGAGACAUCAGGCUAAGUUGGCUAGUAUAAGAAAUUACACAAUCGCUCAGUUACUGCAGCACUUGCCAACUAAUUCCACCUAUCAGGCGGAUGACACAUAUAUCCAGUUGAAAAAAGAUCUGGAGUAUUUGGAUCUAAAGGUGACAGGACGUGACUCAUUAAAAGAAAGAAGUACAAAACCUGUCAAGAUUGCAGAAAGUGAUAUUGAUGUGAAGCUAAGUGUUUUCUGUGAGCAGGACAGAAUUCUGCAGGACUUGGAGGACAAAAUAAGAGCCCUUAAGGAAAAUAAAGAUCAGCUGGAGUCUGUUUUGGAGGUUUUACACAGGCAGAUGGAUCAGUACAAAGACCAACCACAACAUGCAGAAAAAAUAUCUUACCAGCAGAGACUUUUGCAAGAGGACCUUAUACAUAUUCGGGCUGAAAUAUCCAAAGUUUCAACGGAAAUGGAAAAUGCCUGGAAUGAGUACCUGAAAUUAGAAAAGGAUGUGAGCCAACUGAAAAAAGCCUUACAGGAGCAGAUGAGCAGUUCAUUGGUAUCUCAGGAGAAAACACAAAUACAAAAAGACUUGUGGAGAAUUGAAGAUGUUACAGCUGGCUUGAGUGCAAAUAAAGCAAACUACAAAACCAUAGUAGACUCUAUAAAGAAUCCAGAGAGAAAAACAGUGCCUUCAUUUUCUCAGUCUUCAGUGCCUUCCUUACCAGCUUCCCUUGCUACUGUGGAGAGCAAACUUUCAGUCCCCGAGAGCCCUCCACGCAGUCCGGUUAAAUCCCCUCUGGAGGUUAGGCUGUAUCCACAGCCUUAUUUCCAGACCAGGACACAGCACCAAGCACAGCAGCUGAAAAAAAUAGAGCCACCUCUUCAGUCACCAGUCAAGCUCAAGCCAAAGGUUGAAGAUGAAGCACCGCCCAGACCUCCUCUCCCUCAGCUGUACAGUCCUGAGGAUCAGCCACCAGCUGUCCCACCCCUCCCGAGAGAAGCCACUGUCAUCAGACACACCUCGGUGCGGGGCCUGAAACGUCAGUCAGACGAGAGAAAGAGAGACAGAGAACUCGGCCAGUAUGUAAAUGGAGAUUACAGGGUGGAACUGCGUUCAUACAUGAGUGAACCAGAACUAGCAAUGAUAGGGGGUGACCUCAGCCACCCUUCCAGUGCUUUAAUAAGCCCUGACAGUGGAUACCAGACACUACCUACCCGUGGUUUGUCUGGAUCAACUUCCAGAUUGCACCAGUCGUCUACCAUUUCAUCGUUUGCAACACUUCGAAGGGAUAGGUCCAAGGAGAGACCAAAGAGUGCCUUGGAACGUUUAUACUCUGGAGACCACCAAAGAGGCAAGAUGAGUGCAGAGGAGCAGCUAGAAAGAAUGAAGAGACAUCAGAAGGCAUUAGUGCGGGAACGCAAGAGAACUCUUAGCCAAGGAGAAAGGCAGCCUGUUUCAUCUCGGUCUUUCAUCAGGCCCAUGUCUGCAGACGUAGGCUCAUGGAAACGAGAGCAAGAAUUUGAUUUGCAGUUACUUGAGAGGGCAAUUUGUGGAGAAGACAAGGAUGAAAAUGAAUGGUUAAAAGUUCAGCCAGUAGCAGUGACAGAGACUGACCUGGAGCCUCAAGACUAUGAUUUAGAUAUCAGCAGAGAGUUGUCAAAACCUGAGAAGGUUGUAAUUCCAGAACGUUAUGUUGAGCUGGAGCCAGAAGAGCCCCUUUCUACAGAAGAGCUGGCAGCAAGGCAGCGGAAAGCAGAAAAGAUAAAGAAUAUUCUUACUAAAUCAAGUAUGCACAAUCUGCAGCCUACUGUUGCCCAGGACAAACACAACUCGAUUGAUUUAGAUUCACAGCUGCAGGAGCAGGAGCGCAUCAUUACCAUUUCAUACGCUCUGGCUUCUGAAGCCUCUCAGAGGAGCAAGGAGGUAGCAGCUCAGCAGUUGACCUAUCCACCCAAAGCACCCUCACCUUCUGUACCACAGCCACCUCACUCCCCCCUAAGCAAUGGAUUUCACUACACAUUUGUUUAAACACCUUCCAACCAAAGCAGUAAGUGAACACUGACGUAAGACUCGAGGCAAAUUCCACCUUGUGACCCCUCAUGGAAGACAGAGGAGAUUCUUUUCCAGUUUUCUGUGGAGAUACUCAUUGGCUGAUGACACCUUCUUCUGGAAAGACAUUCAGAGAACAAUAGGGGGAUUUUCUAUGAAAAUGAAGAGAACUGCAAAUCAUUUUUUAUUUACUUCAGUUUAGUUCACACUUUUUAUACGAAUAAACGGCACUUUUAAUAAACUCUGUAAAAUACUGACAAUG